CUUAGACUCUGUCGCGCCACUCUUCACUGCUCUAAAAGAGACAAAAGCUGGCCUUUCCACACUCUCAUCGCGAGGUUAACGGCCCGCUUAAAAAUCGGAGCUGGUUCCACGGCCGACGUUUGCACUCAACUGGAUUGGGUUACUGCUGCAAGGAUCUUGAUUUGGCCUGCUUAUUUCCCAUUGCCAUCUAGUUCGACCUCCGAUCUCAAGUCCAUGACGUCCAGCCCGUAUUGAUUCUUUGGGUUUAGCUCUGGCUCUAGAAUGGACUUUCGAUCUUCGCAUUCGAGUAUUUAUGAUUUUAGAGAUCGCCGUGCCUUCGAGAGAUCUCCAACCGCUAUGCCCGAGCUGUCAUUUGCAUCGCACGGUCCAUUACCUAUAGCUUCUCGAUCUACCAUGAACACUGCUCCGCCACCACUUCCUCCCCCUCCCAGGAUCCACGACCUGGAAAACGGGUAUGACGCUGGCUGGCAUCACGCAAAUUCGGAUUCUUCAACUUCUCUCCCGCCUAUCAACCCCAAUUCUAGCCUAUUUGGCGGCCAUCGACGACCCGAGGCUGCGCCGCAGAGUGAUCGUAUGCAAAUUGAUGAAUGUGAGGGGAGGCAGAGCGGUGCCCCCCUCUCGCGAAGCCCCGAAGCUCAGAUUAACAUUGAGCCGCCUCCCGCCACGGAGGGAUUACCAAGUUUAAUGUCGAUCAAUACGAAUCCGACAGGUCCAAUCCUGAGUGGCGAGCGCGACUUUUCCCUGCGGAGUGUGAAGGACUCAUCAAAUGCAUACGACCAACAUCUCUUAUCAAAAAUCGGAAAGCCCCUUUCGCCAAGGGGGUCUAUAAGUCUAGGAACAGAUAACCGAGGAUCACUAUCCGCACUCACCGUUCCAUCCGUUCCAUCAAGAUGCUCCAGCAAUCUCCCCUCACCAGGACCAUCAGAAGGAUCAACACUUGACGUGAAAUGGUACAACAGCCCGCAAUCAGGGGGCGUUUCGCCCAUGACUAAGCCCGGAUGGCGAGAACAUAUCGAAGGUCGAAGCCCAAGUGUGGAAAGCAACACACCAUCAACGGCGCUGGACUACGAUCAGGGAUCAUUGCGGGAUAUUGGGCGGCGGCGAUAUCGCGGAACGACACCCCAGCGGGAGGAUAGCAUCAGUCUACCGAGUCGAUCGAACCGCGGAAGUUAUGACCAUGGCAUGUUUUCGGAUAUUGAGGGGGAGUUCUCGACCGAUGAGCCGGCGCCACCGCGGCAGUUCAUUCUUCGAGAGCCCACUCCGCCGUAUCCGGAUUCAAGGCAGGGCAUGAAGCGACGGGCUUCUUCGCCUCCGCGGGAACCUCUGAGUGAUGAGAGGCAUACGCUGCAUGUUACGACGAGUAACGGCGAUUUGUCGCAGAGAAGGACUAGCGGUCAUCCAUUCAUGAAUACUCUGUCCGUCAAUCCCAAUUACCCCAUCGGCCAACGGACGCUCUCAGCUGCUUCGUCUUUGAGUAUCCGGACGUCGGGUUCAUAUUCGUCUACGCUUUCCAUUGGGGGUAGCAGCAUGACUAGCCUUUCCCCGUACGAUCAACGAUCACCGGGUGGUCUUUCCCCGAGCUCCGACCUCGAUACCUAUCACGAAAAAUCGAUCCUCAACCCUAGUUCCCCUGCAGCACUGAUCCAGCCAACAAUCGCAAGGGGUCUCCCCGGUCCAGCCUCCCUCGAACCGCCUACAACGGAUGCCAACGGGAAAUUGUCCGUGCCAACGACGAUCCUGAACGUUUCAAAACCCGCAACUUCAAAACUUGGCGGAUUAUUCAUCUGCGAUUGUUGUCCAAAGAAACCCAAGAAAUUCGACAACCCAGAUGACCUCCGCUCGCACGAAAUGGAAAAACAGUAUGCAUGCGCCUACUGCAACAACCGCUUCAAAAACAAAAACGAAGCAGAACGCCACCAAAACUCCCUCCAUCUUCGCCGCCACUCAUGGUCCUGCGCCGCCCUCAUCUCCUUCCAAGCUGCAUUCCACGCCUCAGGCGCCCAAUCCUGCCAAACAAACGCCGGUCCAUCGCACGAUACAUGCGGCUACUGCGGCGAGGAAUUCCCCAAUUUCCCUUCGCCGGAUUGGGAUGCCCGGUUCGAGCAUUUGACUACUGUGCAUAAGUAUGGGGAGUGCAAUAAUGCUAAGAAGUUCUUCCGGGCCGAUCACUUCCGGCAGCAUUUGAAGCAUAGUCAUGCUGGUACGAGUGGGAAGUGGACGAAUAUUUUGGAGAACGCUUGUAUGAAGGAGGAGCAGCCUGAUAAACCCCGGGAUCAGAGCGGGAAUGGGAAUGGGUCAGCGGGGGUCUGUCGUCGAAUGCUAUUACCGAGGUUCUGAGUGAGCAAUGACCUGACCUAUCUGUGUCUUGUCAUUUGAUAUCACGGAUUUCGAUAGUGACCAAAAGUUGGCACGCUUAUCUCUACAAGGGACCUGUGGACUUGUCUGAACAUCGACAAGGAUCAAACGUGCCGCCAUCCUCAUCUCACAUAUGUUGCUAAAACAGUAUCACCAUCAUCACCGCCACCACCUCACUCAACAUCCGACCAAAGACGACACACAAACUUCUCUCACACGGCCUCAAACGCACCAAAAAGUGAAAUCAAAACAAACACCUCGCCCCAAAAGCCCCUAGGGCAAAUACCAAAUAACAAAUAACGAAGUGAAACGAUCAUUUGAAAUUAAACCUUCCAAUCCAAUCCAAAUGGAAAGACGAAGGCAAGGCAAAGGGAGUUGGAACAGGAAACUGGGCUGGGAUCUUUUAAAGCUGUGAAUUGGAUCAAAUACUCUGUGUAUACCUGGUGCAUUGUCCGGGAGGAUUCUUCAUUCUCAUUGUCAUUGGACAUCGGUGGAGUCGGUUUAUGUUCAUGGUUUCUUUUCUAUUGAAGCGGGAGGGAAUUGAUAUUACAGUAUUUUCUUCUGGUCUGUGUGUUCUCUUCUUUUUUU